UGUACUUCCUUUGUAAAGCCUGCCUCGAGUACGUAUUUUUCUCGCGCCCGAUAUUAUAUUAUAUACAUAAAUAUGCAUCGGGACGAUCCUGGCGAUCUGUAUAGUGUUUAGAGUGUUCUUCGACUCGAUUCACUUUUCGAAAUAAGGUAACUCGAGUGAAACUGGACGAUACUAAGCUCAACAAUUUUUAUACUUAAAAUCUGAGCUUCCUAAAACUAGCAAAGCCCAAUCAACUUUCAACUUGAAGAUCGACCGGAAGAGUGUUAAAUAAUCUAGAGAAGAUAGCAGUCGAUGUCAUCUUGGUCGGUGGUACAGCUCGUCCUCUAAUUAAAACACAGCUGGUACCAAUUACUAUUUAACAUACAAAAUGAGGGAAAUUGUACACAUUCAGGCUGGCCAAUGUGGUAACCAGAUAGGAGCAAAGUUUUGGGAAGUAAUAUCGGACGAGCAUGGAAUCGAUCCAACGGGCACCUAUCACGGGGACUCAGACCUUCAACUGGAGAGGAUCAAUGUGUACUACAACGAAGCAACCGGAGGGAAAUACGUGCCCAGGGCGAUCCUCGUAGACCUGGAACCAGGCACUAUGGACUCGGUACGAUCAGGACCAUUUGGACAGAUCUUUCGACCUGACAAUUUUGUCUUCGGACAAAGCGGCGCCGGGAACAACUGGGCCAAAGGUCAUUACACAGAGGGAGCUGAGCUGGUAGACUCGGUGCUGGACGUGGUGCGCAAGGAAGCCGAGAGCUGCGACUGUCUCCAAGGUUUCCAACUGACCCACUCAUUGGGCGGUGGUACUGGAUCCGGUAUGGGUACUCUACUCAUAUCAAAAAUCCGUGAAGAGUAUCCUGACAGAAUAAUGACAACAUUCUCAGUGGUACCGUCACCCAAAGUAUCAGACACCGUGGUAGAACCCUACAAUGCUACCUUGUCAGUUCACCAGCUGGUUGAAAAUUGCGAUCAGGCUUACUGCAUCGAUAACGAAGCUCUCUACGAUAUAUGUUUCCGUACAUUGAAACUGACCACACCGACGUACGGCGACCUGAACCAUCUGGUAUCAGCAACCAUGUCCGGGGUCACAACCUGCCUUAGGUUCCCAGGCCAGCUCAAUGCUGACCUCAGGAAGCUGGCCGUGAACAUGGUACCAUUUCCACGUUUACACUUCUUCAUGCCAGGAUUCGCACCACUGACAUCUCGCGGCAGUCAACAGUACAGGGCCCUCACUGUACCGGAACUGACCCAGCAGAUGUUUGACGCCAAGAACAUGAUGGCUGCCUGUGAUCCACGUCACGGAAGGUACCUCACGGUGGCUGCUGUCUUCAGGGGCAGGAUGUCCAUGAAGGAGGUUGACGAACAGAUGCUCAAUAUUCAGAAUAAGAACAGUUCUUAUUUUGUUGAAUGGAUUCCUAACAAUGUCAAGACGGCCGUGUGCGACAUUCCACCGCGUGGACUCAAAAUGUCUGCCACCUUCAUUGGCAACUCUACGGCCAUUCAAGAACUGUUCAAGAGAAUUUCUGAACAGUUCACAGCCAUGUUUAGGAGGAAGGCCUUUCUUCAUUGGUACACCGGCGAAGGAAUGGAGGAACUGGAAUUCACCGAGGCUGAAUCUAAUAUGAACGAUCUGGUGUCGGAGUAUCAGCAAUAUCAAGAGGCUACUGUUGAAGAAGAUGGGGAGUAUGACGAGGAGGAGGAGGGCGAGGAGAAGUAGAAACUCAAAACGAAUAUCUGUACCAUCGCGCUAGGAUGCAAUCGUUUUUGAUCGACGACUUUCAGAGUGAUCUAUACUUUUACACGAAAUUCUUAUACGUUUAUAUUUAUUUCUUAUGCUUUCUUACUAUUCUAUUUUUAUGCCUGUGUAUAUAUAUAUACAUACGAUUUAUAUUUAUAGAGGCUAGAUUUUGAGUAUUUGUACCGUUACGGAAAAAUAUAAUACAAGGAACCGUCA